AUGGAUGACUCGGUGCCCAAUACUCCUCGGGACAAGAAGGGUGUGCCGAGUACACCCCCCGACGAUGGCGACUAUGAGACAAUUGCCACCGUCCCAGUCGCGGCGCAUUCAUUGACCCCGUCUCAGCGAUUGACGCAACCCACUCAACUGAUUAUUGAAUCGCCCUAUUCCCGACCCCGCAAUAGCCACAAUAUGCAUAAUGCUAUAUCACCACCUCGCCGCCCACCGCAAGGCGGCCUCCUCUCAUCCUUGAUGGCCCCUUCCGGAACCCACUUUCGUCCUCCUGCAACUACUUCGGGACCUGCGAAGCGAACACCGGUGUUCGAUCUCGACGACGGCCCUACCUACCGAGGUGGUUCUUCUGACGACGACGAACGCCACACCAUUCGAAGUACGGACAUCAAGCCUGCUAUGUUUGAAAAGACGAAUCGAAGCCCCCAGAAGGAAAAAGUUGUAGAGUCCCCUGUGCACCCUAACGGCGGUACCCUCGACCGGUUCAAGGAGAUUACCGCCGCUGCUGUCUAUGAUCCCAAGUCUGUCACCAUGAAGCGUUCUGCGGAUCAAAUGAGCUCGGCCUCGCCGACCAAGGGGGUCGCCACGAAGAAGGCACGACAGGAUGCGCCGUCCCGCGCUCAGCUCGCGAGAUUCCAGUACUCGUCUCUCCAGGAGAUUCCCGACUACCGGAUUCGGGUCAAGGUCGAGCGCAUUCUCAAAGUGAUGCCGACAAAGUCAAUUGAUGCGUGUGUGGAUGCGCUCAUGCUCGCUAAUGGGAACUACGACGACGCACUCGACAAACUCGCCAAUCACGACGAUGUCAACAAGGAAAAUGGUUUCAAUACUGUUGUGAUUGAGUCCUCCGAGGAUGAAUUGAGUGCCUCGCCUGCUGUCGGCUCGGGCCCGGUGCCUGUAGCUAAGCAGAAGAUCAAGGCCCGAGGAACCAUCCAGGACAAAUGGGCGGCGAUGAAUCUUCCCGCUGCUGCGACAAAGGACCAAGGGUCUUCAGACGAAGGAAAACCCCGGCGCCGGCUCAUGCGCGGCCCCAAGUCUCGUGCCCCUCCGUCCGAUGCUCAAUCUCCCGCCGAUGCGAUUUCGAUUCACUCCGAUGAGUCUCCGCCCAAGAAGCAGCUCGGUCGGCUUCAGAAGGGCCGCAAGAGAGUGUCGUCCCCGCGCUCGGAAUCUCCUAAAGCGGCCAUGAGCGAUUCGGAUGAUUCAGAUGUCCAAGUGGAGGAUUCUGGCGCUAGCGACUUGGAUCGCAAGGUUCUCAAGUUUUUCAACACUUGCCAUGCUUGCGAUCUCGCUGAUAUUGCUGCGAUCCCCGAGGAAACCGCCAACGUGAUCAUGUCGCAACGACCCUAUUCAGCACUGGAUGAUGUGCGCACCGUCAGUGCACCGGUCAAGGACGAUGCCAAGCCCAAGGGCAAGGGCAAGGGACGCAAGCCUCCCAAGCCUAUCGGAGAUAAAAUUGUUGACAAGUGCAUCGACAUGUGGACUGGAUAUCUAGCCAUUGACGCUUUGGUGGCGGAAUGCGAGGCGCUUGGCCGGCCUGUCGGCAUGGAAAUGAAGAAAUGGGGCAUCGACAUCUUCGGGAAGCGUGAUGGCGAGCUGGAACUCACAUCGAUCGAUCCCACUAAGUCGCACGAUUCUGGGAUCGCCACGCCUUCUUCGAACCGACUCUCUGUGGACUCCGAUGACAGUGAUCAGCUGGUCCCGGCGGCGCGCAAAUCUCGUCUCAUCUCACAGCCAUCCAUCAUGGCAGAUGAUCUGGAGAUGAAAGACUAUCAAAUCGUAGGAAUUAACUGGUUGGCUCUCCUGUUCGAGAAGGAACUGAGUUGCAUCCUGGCGGACGACAUGGGUCUCGGCAAGACUUGCCAAGUCAUCGCCUUCCUUGCACAUCUGUUUGAAAUCGGAGUGAAGGGUCCUCAUCUGGUGGUGGUGCCUUCAUCAACCAUCGAGAACUGGCUUCGCGAAUUCCAGAAAUUCUGCCCGAAGCUUUCAGUCAUGCCAUACUACGCUGGCCUGAACGAGCGCGCCGAAAUCCGCGAGCAGAUUGAAGAUAACCGCGACAGCAUCAACGUCGUGAUUACCACUUACACGAUUGCCAAGGCCAAGACCGACGCGAAGUUUCUGAGAGACAUGAACUUUUGCGUGUGUGUCUACGACGAGGGCCACAUGCUCAAGAACCAUCAGUCACAGCUGUACGAAAAGCUCAUCCGCAUCAAGGCACGUUUCCGACUUCUCCUUACCGGCACGCCACUACAGAACAACCUGCAAGAGCUGGCUUCUCUUCUUGGGUUUAUUUUGCCCGGCGUGUUCCAUGAACACAAGGAAGAGUUGAAUGCCGUGUUCGCGAACAAAGCAAAGACGACAGAUGAGUCGCAUGCGACUCUGCUAUCGGCGCAGCGUAUCGAGCGUGCCAAAUCCAUGCUAAAGCCAUUUGUUCUGCGACGUAAGAAGCACCAGGUGAUCGACCUUCCGGCCAAGCACUGCCACGUUCAAUACUGCGAGAUGAAGCCAUCGCAACGAGGUAUCUACGAGCACGAAAAGGAACAAGUGCGGCAGCUUCUGGAGGACCGCGCGGCCGGCAAGAAGACCGGAUCGAAGUCAGCCAACAUUCUUAUGAAGCUCCGACAAGCAGCGAUCCACCCACUCCUCGCGCGUCGACACUACGACGACGCUACCUUGCGCAAGAUGGCCAAGGCUUGUCUGAAAGAAGACAAGUGGUCCCUGUCGGACCCUAACAUCAUCUACGAGGAGCUGCUGCCGUACAAUGACUUCGAGUGCCACCACAUGUGCCUCGACAACCCGGGAUCGCUCGGCAAGUUCAAGCUGAAGAACGAGGAGUGGAUGGACUCGGGCAAAGUGGACCAACUGCGGGCCUUGCUCACGCGGUUUAUCGCAAACGGCGACCGCACGCUGAUCUUCUCGCAGUUCACGAUGGUGAUGGACAUCCUCGAGAACGUGCUGGAGACGCUGCAGAUCGAUUUCGUGCGUCUGGACGGCCGCACCAGCGUCGAAGACCGCCAGUCCAUCCUCGACGCCUUCUACGAGCGAGAGGACAUCCCCGUCUUCCUGCUCUCGACCAAAGCCGGCGGCGCUGGCAUCAAUCUCGCCUGCGCCAACAAGGUCGUCAUUUUCGACUCCUCCUUCAACCCCCAGGAGGAUGUCCAGGCCGAGAACCGGGCCCACCGCGUCGGUCAAACCCGCGACGUCGAGAUCUUCCGCUUCGUCACCCGUGACACCAUCGAGGAGCAGAUUUAUGCCCUCGGACAGACGAAGCUGGCUCUGGAUCAGGCGGUCGCGGGUGACGACGCGGGCGGUGCCAAGAACGAGGAGGCCGGCAUGAAGGUCGUCGAGGAGAUGGUGCGUGCCGACCUGGAGAAGGAUUCGGGCGCUGGCAAGGCUUGA